AUGGGAGGCAGAGACGCCAUCGUAACAGAUUACCCAUACAUCGUAAAAUUAGAACUUCAAACAGUGAUGUAUAGAGUGCCCAAGAUCGUGAAGAAUAAACAUAUUUGUACAGCUGGAGUUCUGACAUCUACUUGGACGAUAACAGCCGCCCACUGUUUGACCCUAAAGGGCAAAAAAGUUCACAAACUCAUCUCCAUGGGUCCAGUCAUUCGGUAUGGAACACUCGAACAUAACGCUGUGAGUAGUGUGCUGUUUGCAAUCACGCAUCCUGCUUACAGGUUAACAAAAGAUAGAAUUCAAAAUGACAUUGGGUUAGUCAAAACUGAAACGAUACCCCUGUCACAGUACGCUCGAGUAAGUGCACUAGACUUCACAACUAUGAUUGGUCAAGAAGCAACUCUGACUGGCUUCGGACUGACUGACAAUGCCCAAGGUGCCAUAGGUGACGCUACAUCAGUGAACAAACCUUUACAAGUCCUGGACGUAGUAAUUGUACGUUGUGAUAAAGAUAACAGUGUUAUGAAGCCAUCUAUGUGUCUAGCUCGAAAAUGUGACAAGUCAUCAGGUAUGUGUCCUGGCGAUUCUGGUGGACCGAUGAUCCAUGCAUCAGGUAUUUUUGGAGUCAAUUCUUUGGGUCCAAGUGAACUGGGAACAUUCUGUGCAAAGGAAUCGACAGAUCCAGUAUAUGAAACGGCAGAAGUAACACCAAUAAGUCCUUUUAUAGACUGGAUUACUGAUACUACUAAUGAUGAUUAUGUACCUUAG